AUGGAAAUGGAAUAUUAUUUUUCCGAUAGAACGAUGUUCAAUUCUUACAACUUUAGCAUGUCAACCCAAGAUAAUCAAGUAAACCAGUUUUCUAUAUGCGAUAUAUGUCAAGACAACCAACUUAAGAAGAGUCCAGACCUCGAAACCAGAAAAACCAGACUUUAUGUAAAACAAGCAUGUACUAAUUGUCGAGCUAAGAAAGAGAAAUGUUCGGGAGGAAAAAAG